CAAUUUAUCAAAAUGGCCGAUUGAGAAAUUUAGGCCAAUCUCUAAACGAUAUCUGCGGUGUUAUUGCGAAAUUACGGCGACAUAAUGAGUCGAAAUACCGUUCAUUGAAGACAUAGAUUAAAAAGUUAUUUCCGAAGGAAUUCUUAUUCUGUCGUGAGCGUUAUGUGACUACCACCCCUGAGGUGGUGGUUUGCUCCUGUGAGUGUACGAACGACAGCACAUGAUGAAACUACCAACCUUUUUCCUCCUUGCCUUUGUAGUCAGUUUCGGCAAGGGGGUCGAGAGUGAACUCCAAUCCAUUGGUUGGGGAAAACUCACCCCGUCGGAUCCUUUUCUAGAGGUUGGUCAGCCUUUUCGUUUGAACUGCACAAUGUUCUGUAAUCGCUUCGAUGAGAACGUGAGUUGUAACGUCUCCAAUGUGUUCAUCAAAUUCAUCCAACGCGGAAAUAAAGCCGAUCAAUCCGUUCUAGUCAGGAAUGAUGGGAAUGUUCGCCUGACGCCAUUGUCAUCGACGAUAAUGGAGUAUUACAACCCAAGUGUUCAGAUGUCGGAUAUGGGGAAGUACCAUUGUUAUAUACGGAGGAGUGAAAGUGAUUUGACCAAAUCCAUUUGGUUAGACUCGACGAGGGUUUCCAUUGGUUAUCCUCCUAAGAUUCCUACAAGGUUAGACUGCCGGUCUCCGAAUUGGGACUCCAUGAAGUGCUCAUGGGACUGCUCAAGAUACGAUAAAUUCGGACCGACUAAAGUCUAUUGGAAUGUUACGUACAUUUUGGACGAUCAUGUUUGGCCAAAUAAAACUACUAUCCCCCAAUUAGCCCGCAAAGGUAGCCAGUGCCCGAGCCUCAAUAUCUUGGCCAACACCUGCUACUGUCUGUGGCAAAAUAACCAGUUCGACCAACGCGUUUUCCACAUCUACCUCAUUGCCAAUAAUUCAAUCGGAACAGAUGGGAGAGAUUUUCGAUUCGACACCGCUGACAUAGUUGUUCCUGGUCAGGUGCGAGAUUUGGACGUGGUUGAGGCAACCAAUUCCUCCCUGACCUUACAGUGGGUCAACCCCAAGAACCUGGAGCCGAAGUUCUUGCCUUUGAUCUACCAAGUACAAGGCAUGUCCCGAUACAAAAUCCUCAAUACCAUGUAUGUUGUGGAAAAAUGCCGGACUUGUAAGCUCGUCGUCAAAGAUUUGGUGCCUUACACGGGCUACACGUUCAGGGUACGAAGCAAGCCUGAAGAAAAUGGUCUAUUUUGGAGCAAUUAUACAUUUGUUUCAGCAAUGACAGACACGUAUAUUCCGGGGCGUAAUCCUGAAACGACAACAGGCGGCUUUACGUGGGAGACCCGUACCGCUAGAGAUGGUACAAAAAUUACCACGGCAGUACUUUACUAUCAGGAUAUUCCUCCGCAAUAUGCGCACGGUGCCAUUUCUGAUGUCGAGGCGUCCUUCCAGAAGAAGGAGUCCGGCUACAGCUUCCAUAGCUUCACCGAGGCGUGUAACCACCAGCGACGCGAGUGCUACCUCAAUAACCUGCUGCCUGACCAGGACUACAGCAUAACAAUUGAGGCAAAGACGAUGAUGGGAUACGGGCCUAUCGUACCGACGUCUGUCUUCCAUAUCUUACCUGUUCAAGAAGGUCCUGCUCCCCCUGAAGAUUUUCAUGCUGAAAUAUAUCAGACGACCUCGAAUGAUACUGCCAACACAACAUCCAUUUACUUCACCUGGGAUAAUAGCACUGUAUCACCAAAUGCUACAUACACCCUGUUCUAUCGGUAUUGCAAUAAUGUCAAUUGUACGGGUGGACUACAGUGGGAGAAGUUUGAUGCAGCCACAGACAAUUAUAACCUGACUAUCAUCAAUGACGAAUUAAGUAUCAGUGACUAUAGCUUUUCUAUGGCAGUAAGCAUUGGCCUGUUCAGCCAGGGAAUGUUGGAUUGGGUGACCUGUCUCUAUGAUUAUAACAAACCUCUCCUCAAUGCGCCCGAGCUUGAAAUUAUGGAGCCAGAAGUCCAGGAAGAGAAGAGCCUGAAGGUGAAAUGGGAAUCGAUGCCGUGCACGAAGAACGGCAUGGUUAUCCAUUAUGAUAUCAUCGUCAUGGAGCUGACAGAUGACAACCAGCCCACAGGAAAGAACGUCACCCACUUUGUCUCAGCGAAGGAGACUUCUUUCACGAUCCCCAACCUCAAGUUGGGUACUCAGUACGGCAUCACACUGAUUGCUGUUGGACGUUCAUCAAGCAAACAGAGCCAGCAGUUAAUUGGCGCGACAAUUCAAACUCCUGAAAAUCCUAUUACCAUGAUCAUCAUCGGAAUUGUGGUUGCUGUUACUGUGCUGGUUAUCAUAUUUGUCAUCUUCUGCUCCUGUAGAUAUUACAGGAAGCUCGUGGACACUCCCAUCAGUAUUAACGUACCCAGGGGCAAUGGACUAAUUGCCUCAUUCGACUACCGACAUGAGGAUGUUGAGGAGUUUGUGAUCGAUGCAGAGGGGGAAGAAGCAGAAAAUUCUGACAGCGAGAACAGUCCUAUACUCUCUCCAGUCAAAAAGACGACUUUGGAUACUCAUCGUCAGUUGAGCCGCGAUAGUGGCACUGGGAGCAUGGUGUCGAACACAACCAAGGACAGCUUUAACCUGAGUGAGGCGGGGACCGACAGCGUCAACAAUUCUUUAGAAGCCGUCUCCGAGGAGGGAGAGGACCAGUAUCACGGGAGUGGUUGCAGCAGACGCUCCGCUGAUGAUUCUAGAGAUCUGAUGGUCACGCAACUGCCCACUAGUCAGGGUUAUUGCGUCGUCGGCCUUGCUAACCCUGAUGUCCCGGAUGUCCUCCGCGAUAUUCAAGCCUACGGUCCCGGACCACCUCAAAACAAUGUUUUCACCGUUGGGCUUGUUCAGUUCGAGAACCCAAAUUUGCCACGUUCUUUGGCGCAUAGUGAAGAGUCUGUGGAUUUUAAGCCGGUGCAUUCAUCAAGUCGGGGCACAUCGACUAACAGUCUCGAGACCCUAACAACACCUAGUCCUCUACCGGCUAUCCGGCAGUUACAGCGGAAUUAUCUGCCUGAUUUAGGUUACGGCACUGACGACUCGGAAGGAAAAGCCAAAGCGAAGCAGCAGGCAGAAAUUGCUAAAAAGGAGGCAGAGCGACGGAAGUUGAAGGACAAUCCUUUGAAGAAAAACAAGGAUUUCUCGAGCUUAGGCUCGGUGUGUUCUAGUUCGAGUUUCGAGGAGUCGUAUUCGAAACUGGCCGUGCGGAAUAUACCGCAGGACGACUCUGCUUUAAACAAUAACGUUGUCAUGGACGAUAAGAACAUUCAUAAGGCGGGCAGUUUGAGCGAGUUCCGUGGGAAAGUGAUGGCCGCAGUUUUACCUGUCAAGACAUUAGUGAUGGGAGAUGUAGAUGCUGGCAAGGGUACUAGGCAGAAAAAGGCAUUUGAUGACAGUUGUGGUAAUAGUUUAGCCGACACUAACAGUGAUAGUAAUUUAUCUUUGGGCUCCGACCCCAAAACUAGUCCUUCAUUACCUGAUGCUAGUGUGGAACUAAAAAAUGAGCCGCGGCCUGUGCAGAUACUGACUGGUGGUUAUGUGCAGAGACCUGAUACACUUGUGGGCAGAGAUGUCAAUGGGGGUGUGGUGAAUUUAAGAGACACCUUCGGAGGGGAUGUUAGUGAGGACGACACGUGCUCUGACAGCAUAAGUCCAUAUUCGAAGUUAGGAAUAUCACCAGACAUGGUCGAUUUAAGUGCUUUGGGGCCACAUGGCAACUAUAUGCCUCGGAAAGACAUUCAGCCAAUGGCGGGAAAAAACGGCUAUGUGGAUUUACCGAUUUUGAACAACGCGCUACCGGGACAACGGGAUAGUAUCCGUGACGAUCUGUCCGAUUCGAGUUCCCAGUCUGAUUUCUCGGUGGAGGAUUGUUCAAUAGACCUGAAGGCAUUGGGUCUGAAUAUGGGAGGUGCGGCUGUGCUUCCAUUAGACUUGGACACUGGGUUAUCUCAUACUGACCUAACUAAUAACACACUUUGUAACGGCUAUAUUCGAGACUCUGACAUCAAUAAGACAACUUGUGUGUAGUGCUGAUCAUGUUUAUAAUAAUUCGAUGUUUGAAUUUCCUUCGGUGUUUCCUUUUGUAGAAUGUGAUAGGUGAAGAAACACUUUGGUAUGAAAUGGCGUGUUCUGCCAGUUUUGGUUUAAGUAUGACAUAUAUUGUUGCUGGUUCUGAAAUUAGUACCGAACGGGAGGAUUCUACAGAACUAUUUUUGAAUUUGACGAGUAUUGUCAAUGAAUGUGCUUGUUGAAGAAACAUGCAAAGGCAUUUUUUUCUGUUGGAUUAUCGAGAAUUUGAAAGAUGGUUUUAAGUUUGACUGCAAAAGCCAGGGCAUGAGUGAAGUUGAGUGGAAUUGAAGAGUUGCAUUGCAAAAUGUGAUAAGUGCCAUAUCCAACGUUUUGGGGUUAAAAACAAUACCUCACUAUUACAUUAUAAUGACAAUUCUGUUCUGUUGAUUUCAGUUUGAGAGCAUUUCGUCCAACAGUUAACCUUUUAUGAUAAAUAAAACAAAUCCAAAGUUUUCCAAUGCAGUAAAUUAUUAACUCUGCAGAGAUUUUCUCAAAAUGGCAAAAUCAAUAUCUCACGUUUUGGAAUGAAAUUCUUCCGAUUUUAAUGGUGACUACACCAUGGCAGUUGGUACGGUGAUGCAUUUUGUCAAUUAAUUUAUUAAUUACUGUCAAGGCAUUGAGUAGUAGAGUUAUAUACUAUUGUAUUGUCAUGAUUCUCAAACUAGUACAUAUCUGUUGAUAUUGACCCAUGUUGAUCUGAUCUAUUUAGUUAAUCCUUCAUGGAAAUUGUUUCCAAUUUGGUGAAAAGGGGAAACUUUAUUAAACAACAGAUCAGGGGAAAAUGUCAUGCUAUUUGCUGACCAUGUCAUGUGAAAAUGAUUCGACCAGUCAGUUGUUAAAUUGGUCGUUAUUUUCAUUUGCUUGAAUAACUUUACAAAAUUUUGAAAAACAAACAAUAUAUGAUACUGCUGCUCAUGAAAGUCCAUGCCAAGGUUAACCCACCCAAAAAUAGUCCAUAUGUGCGUUUUCAUAUAAUGAUUUUCCUGAAAAGUGAAAGAUUGCAAUUUUGAAAUAGUGUUUCUGCAGUUGUGUUGUUUAGUCCGUGAGUAAAUCUAAAACUAGGAUUCUUUUAAUGCUUGUUCUCGGACAUUAGAUUAGGGAUUCGUACUUUUUAAAAAGUUGCCAAUAUAAAUUCAGGGAUUUAUUAUUAAACUGUUGGUGAGAAUUUGACGGAAUGGUUUUUGAACGACGACAAAAAUAUAUUUGUGAUAAUAUUGGGUGUUUGGACUUGAGGCUGGUUUUUUUUAAAGGUUGAAUCUCGCCAAUUUCUUUGUACAAUUUUGUUUUUGAGUAUGAUUUUGUUGCGUGGUGCUGUUUUAACGAUUUCGGGUUAAAAUUUAUUCGGGGAAAUAAUUUUCAUGGCCUGAAACUUUUUUUCCAAAUUAAAAAUUUUUGGCAAAUCCUUUGUAUUUGAAAAGACGCAACAUCAGUUGUCCAAAAAUGUACUUUUUAUUGGCAACACACAAAAAUUUACGUGGCAUACAUAUUGGGGUUAAACAAAAAACGAAUUAUUGAUUAAUUUUUUUCGUAAAAUUUAGAUUGGGAGCAGCUGUAAAUAUUUAAAUGUGUAAAUUAUUCUUCCCCUUAGUCUCUGGUUCCCCUCAAGCUAAAACAAAUUGUACUGUAGUAUUUAGUAAACAAAUGGAUUAGUAUUAACUGGAACAAAUUUAAAAUUAUAUAAUAUAUUAUUAUCAUAAUAGGCCUAUUAAAAAAUUAUACGUAAGUGUUUGUCUAAGGUCAUGAUUUGUUUUAAAAUUGUUUGUGGGGGAGUUCAGUAUAAAUGCUCAGGGGCCGGGGGCCGAAUUGCAUUAGCGACAAACAACAGUGUUACCUCAACUAAGACUAAGAGGUAUUGCUUUCUGUAGCUUUUGGACUUAACACCAACAUCCUAAAGAAUGAGUUGUCAGUCCCUGAUGCAGAGUCUUUUCCGCAGGGAAAAUUUCCUCAAUUCGUGCCAAAAUCUGUUUGCAGACUCUACCUUCAACCCUUUUAUUGUGAAAUUUCUAUAAACUUUUAUUGCAUAUGUGGUACUCUGCUCAGCUGUUUGAAUCUCCCGAAUUGCCGCCUUGAAAUAGAUUCAAAAUAUCGAGACGUCAGACUGAACUCCAGCAAUGAACACUGCUUCCGACUAUGUAACCGGUUGAAGAAAUAGGUUUUUUUAUUUGAGCAAGAUUAGAAUUUUGGUGAACUUUUCUUUAAUUCUCCAAAUUUUGUAUGAAUUUCUAUGGUUGGUUUAAGAGAAUUUAUUAGUUGUUAAUCAUUUGUGACUAAUCGGUAAAUAAUGGAUUAGAGAUCAAUGGAAUUCUUUCCUCGAUACAAAAAUGAGUUAAGGGUACAUAAUCAGAUGUAUGUAACAUUAUAAUUGACUUGUAGCUCACUUAUUUCUUUGUUGAACAGAUUAAUUAUACUGAUAUGUGACAAGAGUUUGUUUUUUUCGUGAGAUGAUUUUGUUUAUUUAUUUAUUUAGAGGUAUUUCUGUAAUUAUUUUGCCAGAAUGUGCUGAGGUUGAUUAGGUUGCUGUACAUUGCUGUACAGAUGCAGUUACAAGUUGUAAUGUUAGUGCUGGUACAGUAGAACCUCUCUAUCAAGGACACCCUUCGGACUGACAAGAGCUGGCCUUAAUAUAGAGGUAUUCUGAAUAUGGAGAUCAAAUUGUAAAGAAACAAUCCAUUAGGGACCAGAACCACUGUCCCUUAUAGAGAGGGUGUCCGCACCAUGAGGUUCUACAGUAUUUUAAGUCCGAUGUUAUCCACAGGUUUCGAGUUAUUGCGACGUUAACAUUUAGCAUGUUUCAUCUGAAGAUAUAGUUAUGAGACCUGUGGGUACCAUUUUGAGACAGUGCUCUCUAUGUUCUUCUUUAAAUCCUUACAAAUAACCGUCUGCUACCUGCAUGAAGUCGAGAUGUAUUUUCAGCACCUGGUUAACGUCUCCGUUGCCACGUCUGCCUUGGACUUGGAGGGAUACCAGUCCUGAUGGCUCGUUAUAAAAAGCCAUCCUCAUGAUUCCCGACUAAAGCGACUUCGGCAAAAUCUCCUUGCGGUCUACUGCUCUUCCUGAAUCAAGCUUGAAUAGCACUGUAAUCUUAAUCGUGACCGUACUUUUCAGUUUCCAGGCAAAGGCCAUUGACCCCCACUUGAAGGCAGAAUUUCUUUGGAAGAUUUAAAUUUUUGCUGAAAAUCUCAUCUCACUUCAUGCAGUGGUCAUUUAUUGACAGACAGGUUCGUUGAAUGUUGUGCGCACAAUUUUGUUCAAUACUGAAACCACCAGGUGCAUUUAUUUUGGUGAGAAUGGACUCAGGUAGUUUUCCUGUUGGAAUCGAAGAGAACUUUAUCGAGGAAGGUUAGGGUAGUCCAACGUUGCAUGGAGGGGAGACUCUGAGAGGCAAUGAAAUGCAUUUUGGAUUGUAUAAGACUUGAAUGGACUUCGUCUCCCAAUAUUACUGAACAAUUCUGACACCUCAUGUAAAAUCAGUCUUAAUGCGGACGACAGUUACUCGCUUGUUUUUGCUCACCGGUUACAAGAUGUGGUAUGCGAUGGCGCUGCAAUCGAGCUUGAAACUGCCUCAAUGGAUGAAAUUAGCCGAGGAGGAAAGUAGGGGAAUUUCAGUUAGAGUUUUUAGCAGCUUAAUAAUUUUGCAAUGUUAUGAUUAUAAACACGUGGAUAAUUUAUUAUAGUUAUGGUUCAUAGUUGUCAUAAUCAGGUUGGUCCAAAGCGCACAAAUGUAUUUAUCAUUCUUGUUAACUUUCUGCAUCUGUAGCAUGUCUUCGAGGAAACUUGAUGAGAAGAGAAGUAAGGAGUACUCUGGGAAAAUUGAUAUAAAAUCAUGAUUGUAGCUGAAGAAGAGUAAAAAAAACCCUGUAUAGCUUACGAUAGUGUGGACUAUCCAGAGACCUGCUAUAAUUGCAUCUUUACCACUGGAAGUUCAGAAUGAUAUAAUUGAUGAACUGAUGGUUUUAUAUGGAUACAGUGUCCCCCUCUUUCUGGCCGCAUUUUAGAUUGCUGGUGGCUCUAUUCGACCCCUCCUAAUGAGGGCCUUCAGUGAGUGUCGCUGGUGGCAAAUUGUUCUGGCGGUCUGAUGCAAUACUGGUCUUUUCUAGUCUGAAGUAGACAUGGGGCCGGUAAAUCAACAUUUUCACUGGAUUUUUACGGUAGCACCACUCAGUCCGCAGCGACAUAAAUUCCCUCAUUGGCCUGGUCAGUAUGGGCCAUCCUUUUUAAUUUGGCAACAAGAUCUGUGGAUUUGAGUGUGAUGUCCUGCCACAUUUGCAAGAGAGUUAACAAGUUAAUACUAUGGGUCCAUAACCACAUGACAUUUUGUAGGUGCUUUUGAGUUCUUUAUUUUUAGUAUUUAGCAAGUUUUGAUCAAAAUUGCUUGGGUUAACAAGAUAUAUGAAAAAAAUUGCCUCCGUGAUAUUGGUCCGCCACCUACAGGGGGUUGGGGGUACUUUUGUCGGAUAUGGAUUUCAUGUUGAAAUAUUUCGGGGCAUUUUGCUGUCAAAGUUAAAAUUGUGAUUGUAAAGAACUUACCAAGUCCUUUGAGAAUGUUGAUAAAAAUAUUCUAGCUUUAUUUAGAAUGUGUUCUUGGUGUUGUUAAACCAUAAGUUACAUUGGCGCUCUGUUCGCAAGAUAAAUGUAGGUUCACAUGAAAAAAAGGAUAAAUUUCAAGGAAAUAAGUACCAGGUGUACAUAUUGUUGUGGUUUUUGUUGAUGUACUUACGUCAGUAUUUAUACAUUUAAAUUCUUUGAUUCUGAGUGCUUGUCACUUUACCUCAGCAUUGCCAAGAUAGAAUUUGCCAAUUUCUAGCUUGAGGCCAUUUUUCUCGAUUAGUGUUUUGGACUAACAUUUUAAUUGUAAUAAUUUUUACCUGGAAUUAUUCAAUAUCUUGGGUAUCAGUGGCCAAAGUAAAAGUCCCUCAAUUCUGACCAGCUACAAAGAAUUGUCGUGGCGAGUCUAUUGUUUAUUUCUGGCAGCCCAUAAUCAGUAUAAUCAUUACCACACAAAAGGUGGCACUGAGCUAGAAAUGGGCAAGUCAUGUCUUCUGACAGGGUUCAAAGUCUCACCAAGGCACUUAACUUUAUUAGGUUCAUGUCUGGAGUGUCAAGGCGUGAUGGUGUACAUAUGAUGAUGUAUAUAAAUAUAACGCUGGACUCAUUUGGGUUUGUGACAUAUCAGAUGGAAUUAUUUUGUGGCUGUGUAAGAGUAUGUAGUGUCAAGUACCCUGGAAUAAAUCUGAACUGUAAACAUUA